AUGGCUCUUGGGCGGUUUCCAGCUCUCCACAAGAUCUUUUUACGUGAAGUGCAAGAUGGCUUUCAGUCUGGCGCAUUCACCUCGCAAGACCUAGUAAGGGCAUAUGUAAAGAGGAUCGAGGAGGUCAACAAUGAGGUGCACGCCGUCAUCAGGAUAGACCCAGACGCUAUCGAGACCGCCAAAGCUUUAGAUGAGGAGAGAAAGACCAAAGGUCCACGGGGGUGA